AGGCUACAAACCCGCGCUCGCGCAGCAUCAGAGUGCCAAGCCCUCGUGUGGUCGGGAAGGCGUGUGAAACCGAACGUCGUCACCGAUUGAAUAAACCUUACUGGUGUAAGAAUUUUUCCCCCUCUCCUUGGCGAACUUCCAGACGGAUAAAGAGCUCUCCGCCUCCCAGCCAGCAUGGGUUAGACACGCUGCGACCCACGGCGUGUCCACUUUGUGCACUUGAACCAGCGAGGAUGGGGGACACCGGACUUGUUUUCGCGCAGAAAUCCUGACAAAGACGACGACUGCCAGGGAACACACAUAUUGCAGUCGUUCAUUCUUCUUUUUAGUUUUGUUGUUGGAACACGUCACGAGAAGAGAAAUGUUUGCAGAAUUGCUGUGCAGCGCCGUGGCUCUGGUCUUGUACGUCAACACUCUGGGAGCGGAUUUCUGCUACGAUGACAGCCGUGCAAUCAAGACCAAUCAAGACCUUCUUUCAGAAACACCCUGGACAAAUAUCUUCUAUGAUGACUUCUGGGGCACCUUGCUCACACACACUGGCAGCCACAAGUCUUACCGCCCCCUCUGUACCCUCUCCUUCCGCUUUAAUUACGCUGCGGGUGGGCUGGAUCCGUGGGGUUACCACCUGGUGAAUGUUGCCCUCCACGGCACGGUGGCGGGCCUUUUUACAAGGCUCGCUCACUUGCUGCUUGGCGGAGGCUUAUGGAGCCUCCUGGCUGGCCUGCUAUUCGCUUCCCACCCCAUCCACACCGAGGCAGUGGCAGGUGUCGUUGGCCGAGCCGAUGAAGGAGCUGCCUUGUUCUUCUUGCUAUCCCUGCUGUGUUACAUACAUUACUGUGAGCUGCGGGGCAAUGCUGGAGCACUGCAGCUUAUGGCUUGGUUCCUGGGCAGCCUGGGCUGCGCAGCGUGCAGUAUGCUGUGGAAGGAGCUGGGAGUGACCGUUCUGGCCUUAUCAGCGCUCUAUGAAAUCUGCGUUUUGCACAAGCUGAAACUCCGACAGAUUGUUGUGCUUCUCUAUAAGAGAAAUAACGUCCAGCUGCUGCUGAAUGUAUUUCUGCUGGCAGCCUGGGGCGUGACCCUGUUGGCCUGCCGCCUCUACUGGAUGGGUAACAAGCCCCCAAACUUCUCCAACUCAGACAACCCAGCAGCUGACUCCCCCUCCCUCCUCACCAGGACGCUGACAUUUUUAUACCUACCUGCCGUCAACUUUUGGCUCCUCCUCUGCCCGAACACACUCAGCUUCGAUUGGUCGAUGGACACGCUACCUUUGAUCAGGAGCCUCACUGAUUGGAGGAACGCCCAUACACUCCUUUUCUAUUUUGGAUUUUUACAGCUGGCCUGGUUCAGUGUGUGGAAGCGGCCAAAAUCCAAGGGCAAGGAAAGUAAUGGCAAAGCACAUGUGUUUAGUAAUGGACGGAAUGGGAACAGCAAUGGGCACACUUACCAGAACCACGAACAUGAACAUGUGAACAACUCUUGCAUGACUACUCACAUCAAUAGUGCACAGAAUGGUACCAAAAAGCUCCAUGAGAGCAGGACAUCGCUGCCCACCACGGAAAAUGUGGUGGUGUUUUCCCUAGGCCUUUUGGCUAUCCCGUUCCUCCCUGCCACAAAUCUCUUCUUUUAUGUUGGCUUCGUGAUAGCAGAAAGAGUACUGUACAUUCCCAGCAUGGGAUUUUGUCUGCUGGUAGCCGUGGGCUUGCGGUCUCUAUACAUUCGACUGAGAAAGAACUCCUCAAGGUCCUUGUUGGUUUACUGCAGCGCAGCCUUGAUUUUGCUUUUUGGUGUUAGGACUGUUUUGAGGAACCGGGACUGGGAGAACGAAGAGAUGCUCUACAAGUCAGGGAUUUCAGUCAAUCCCGCUAAAGCAUGGGGCAACCUGGGAAAUGUCCUGAAGAGUCAAGGGAAGAUGGAGGAGGCGGAACAGGCCUACAGGAAUGCUCUUUAUUACCGCAGCAACAUGGCUGACAUGCUGUACAACCUCGGUUUGCUGCUCCAGGAGAGCAACAAGUUCUCUGAGGCACUUCACUACUAUAAACUGGCCAUUGGAAGCCGGCCAACUCUGGCCUCGGCCUACUUGAACACAGGCAUUAUCCUGAUGAACCAAGGUCGCCUGGAGGAGUCCAAGCGUACCUUCCUGACCUGUGCUGAAAUCCCGGAUGAGAACCUUAAAGACCCCCACGCCCACAAGAGCUCGGUCACUAGCUGCCUGUACAACUUGGGGAAGCAGCUGCAUGAGCAAGGGCGACAAGAGGAGGCCCUCUCUGUCUUUAAACAAGCAAUACAGAAAAUGCCAAGGCAAUUUGCACCGCAGAGCCUCUACAACAUGAUGGGAGAGGCCUAUAUGAGACUAAACAAACUGACUGAAGCCGAACACUGGUACCGAGAGUCCCUUCGAGCCAAGCCGGACCACAUUCCUGCGCACCUCACCUACGGAAAACUCCUGGCUACAACAGGGCAGAAAUCAGAAGCAGAGAAGUACUUCUUGAAGGCCAUCCAGCUAGAUCCCACAAAGGGCAACUGUUACAUGCAUUAUGGUCAGUUUUUGUUGGAAGAAUCUCGGCUCCUGGAAGCGGCAGAGAUGGCACAGAAGGCUGCCCGGCUUGACAGCGGCGAGUUUGAUGUGGUCUUCAGUGCUGCUCAUAUGCUAAGACAAGCCAGCCUGAACGGAGCAGCUGAGAAGUAUUACGGACAAGCUGCAAGCCUGAGACCCAAUUAUCCCGCCGCCUUGAUGAACUUGGGAGCCAUUCUUCAUCUCAAUGGGAAACUUCAAGAAGCUGAAGCUAAUUACCUCCGAGCGCUGCGCCUCAAACCAGAUGAUGCCAUCACCCAGUCCAACUUGCGUAAGCUGUGGAACAUUAUGGAGAAACAAGGCCUGAAGACCACCAGCCCAUAAGCUUUAGUUGCCUGCUUGGCACACGGAUGCCCUGCUUGCUCAUCUAACUGACGUAGAAGUAAGUCAGGGAGGAUGUCUGCAAAUGCAGAAAGGGCUCGAUAGUGCCUCGGUGCCCUUGUCGUGGUUUCUGCUGACACCUCGACUUCUGACACAAAUGUUGUUAGAAGUUUGACCUGAGCGUCGCUCCUAUUUUACUAACUAGAGCACUUGAAAUGGAGGUGGUAAUGUGGUUCUAUCCUUCACCAUUGGGAAUGAAUUUGAAGGCGAGUGAUUAAGGUGUUCAGCUUCACUUUAUAAUGGAGAAAAUAGUUGAUCCGUCAUUAAGACAAAAGGUAUUAAGAAUGUCACCCAUUACAUCAAUAACUCGAAGGAAAUAUAAUAUCAAUAAAUGCAUUUUGGUGACUUUAAAAGGGAAUUAAUUUAUUUGCGAUUGCAGCACUACAAAAGCCUGAAAGUGUUUAAAAGAGCAUGUUUGAAACAGAUUUGGCUUUAAAAUUUAGAGAGGAAAAAGUAGGACGAACAAUAUGAGAUAUUUAUUGCGCCUUCUUAUAAAAAUGAUUAAGACUUUUUUUUCAGCAGUACAAAUGUCAUUUCUAUACUGUAACAAAAAUCAAGUCUUGAAGUAGGAAGCUAUAAAUGGAAAAGCAAAUGACCUUCCCAUGGAAGUUGUACACAAUUUAAGGACUGCUCUGGGAGUUUGGCUGACAUUGCUUCCCCUACAUGUCACAAGCUUCUUUUAUUUAAUAUGUGAACGAGUGGAAGAGUUAUUGGCCAAAUACAAAAGCUAUCUAUAACCAUGCUGACCUUUUUUUUAACAUUAAAAGAUGAAAUAACGAAUGAUAUGUUUUCAUCCCCAUCUUGGUGUUGGAUUUAACUAAUUUGAUGUGUUUGUAUAAAAUAAAUCCUAAUAUAUACCUAAAUUGUGUGUUGUAAACUGAAAUCUCACAGGAAAAAAGGAGUCUGGCACAGAAUGAUUUGUUGGUUCACUUCACUGUUUUUUUUUUUUUUUUAGUGUGUCAGUGUUGUUAAUCGACUUGAACAUCCACCUGUUGUUGUCAAAUGAAGUGAAAACACACCGUCUGUGAAAGAAGAAAAUGUACACAAUUGGUGGUGAUCUGUUACAAGCACUUAGACUAGUAUGCCACUUUUCUACUGCAUGGUACCAGGUGCUUUAGGGCGAUUACUUUUCCUGCUUCAGAACUUUUUUACAUCCAAUGUGCAGUGUUUACAUCACCCAAUAUAGUAAUGAAAAAUUACCGUUUAUCUGCUUUUGAAAAUUUUUAUUUGUCAAAAACCUGUAUACAGUGGGGCAAAUAACUAUUUAGUCAACCACCAUUUGUGCAAGUUCUCCUACUUGAAAAGAUUAGGGAGGCCUUUAAUUGUCAACAUGGGUAAACCUCAACCAUGAGAGACAGAAUGUGAAAAAAAACAGAAAAUCACAUUGUUUGAUUUUUAAAGAAUUUAUUUCCAAAUUAGAGUGGAAAAUAAGUAUUUGGUCACCUACAAAAAAAGCCAGAUUUCUAGCUGUAAAAGAGGUCUAACUUCUUCUAACGAGGUCUAACGAGGCUCCACUCGUUACCUGUAUUAAUGGCAACUUUUUUAACUCAUUAUCGGUAUAAAAGACACCUGUCCACAACUCAGUCAGUCACACUCCAAACUCCACUACGGCCAAGACCAAAGAGCUGUCCAAGGACACCAGAGAUAAAAUUGUAGACCUGCACCAGGCUGGGAAGACUGAAUCUGCAAUAGGUAAAACGCUCGGUGUAAAGAAAUCAACUGUGGAAGCAAUUAGUAGAAAAUAGAAGACAAACAAGACCACUGAUAAUCUCCCUCGAUCUGGGGCUCCAUGCAAGAUCUCACCCCGUGGCGUCAAAAUGAUAACAAAAACGGUGAGCAAAAAUCCCAGAACCACAAGGGGGGACUUAGUGAAUGACCUACAGAGAGCUGGGACCACAGUAACAAAGGCUACUAUCAGUAACACAAUGGGCCGCCAGGGACUUAAAUCCUGCACUGCCAGACGUGUCCCCCUGCUGAAGAAAGUACACGUCCAGGCCCGUCUGCGGUUCGCUAGAGAGCAUUUGGAUGAUCCAGAAGAGGACUGGGAGAAUGUCUUAUGGUCAGAUGAAACCAAAAUGGACUUUUUGGUAGAAACACAGGUUCUCGUGUUUGGAGAAGAAAGACUACUAAAUUGCAUCCGAAGAACACCAUACCCACUGUGAAGCAUGAGGGUGGAAACAUCAUGUUUUGGGGCUGUUUUUCUGCAAAGGGACCAGGACGACUGAUCUGUGUAAAGGAAAGAAUGAAUGGGGCCAUGUAUCAAGAGAUUUUGUGUGAAAAUCUCCUUCCAUCAGCAAGGGCAUUGAAGAUGAGACGUGGCUUGGUCUUUCAGCAUGACAAUCAUCCCAAACACACAGCCAGGGCAACAAAGGAGUGGCUUCGUAAGAAGCAUUUCAAGGUCCUGGAGUGGCCUAGCCAGUCUCCAGAUCUCAACCCCAUAGAAAAUCUGUGGAGGGAGUUGGAAGUCCAUGUUACCCAACGACAGCCCCAAAACAUCACUGCUCUAGAGGAGAUCUGCAUGGAGGAAUGGGCCAAAAUACCAGCAACAGUGUGUGAAAAGCUUAUGAAGAGUUACAGCAAACGUUUGGCCUCUGUUAUUGCCAACAAAGGGUACAUAACAAAGUAUUGAGAUGGAACUUUUGGUAUUGACCAAAUACUUAUUUUCAACCAUGAUUUGCAAAUAAAUUCUUUAAAAAUCAAACAAUGUGAUUUUCUGUUUUAUUUUUCCACAUUCUGUCUCUCAUGGUUGAGGUUUACCCAUGUUGACAAUUACAAGCCUCUCUAAUAUUUUAAAGUGGGAGAACUUGCACAAUUAGUGGUUGAAUAAAUACUUAUUUGCCCCACUGUAACUAGAUCAGGGGUCGGCAACCCAAAGCUCUAGAACCGCAUCAAAGGGUUAAAAGAGCUGCUCUUUUAACCCUUUGAUGCGGCCCAGUGGCAUAUUAACUUAAUGAUUAUUUGAACAAAAUUUAUUCUGGUGCUUGCAAGAUUUAACAAUGGAACUUAACUUCCCUUUAGUAGGUAGAUCAAGUCAGGCUCACUGUUAUAUGUGUUUGCCAACAGAACACUCACGCAGGUUAUGAAUUCAUCAGCUAUGUAAAGUCACACUGAAGCUGUGCCCACAAGUCUUUGCACCAUUCACUGGCACAAAGACUUGUAGGUACACCUUCCAAGUAGCAACCAUGACUUUACACUCACAAAUGCAAUGAAUUCACCAACUAUGUUAAGUCAUGAUUGCCACUCAGAAGGUGUAGCCCCAAGUUUUUUGGCAACAUUCAGAGGUGAAAAGACUUCUGGGUGUGCAUUCUGAGUGGCAACAAUGACUUAACAUAGUUGGUGAAUUCAUGACGUGAGUGUUCUGUGUUAAAAGUGUGUAAAAAGUGAGCACUUAUUCUGCUAAUAAAAGGAGGCCAAACCCCUUUGCCAAGUCAAAUAUGCACAACAGAAUAAUAUAUAAGCAGUUGAGCCAAUGCAAUCAUUUCAAAUGUCAAUACCUGUAUGUGCGUGCAGCUCUUAGUGUUGGCUUUUUUGUGGAAACUGGAUUAAAAUGCCUCUUUGAGUGUUAAAGGUUGCCGACCACUGAACUUAAUACUAAUUUUUAAAAAUACCUUUUUUCUGGUUCCAGUGUACAGUACCCUACAGGGAUAAGUGCAGUGGAAAGGGGUCAUACAUUGUACUGUAAGUUAUUAUGUUGUUAACUUAGCAACAGAACCAGCUGGCACUGUGUUUUCCAUGUUUAAGGAAGAAGGUACAUAUCUGAAUUAAAUCUCGAAAUCCGUUAUUGUAGUUUUGUGAUAAAUAGUGUCAUUUUGAAUGUGCUUAUCUGAAUUUUGUCGUGUCUUUAUGCUGAUUUCACCAGAGUUUAGAACAUUUCUAAUCACAUUCCAUCUCAGCCUCACACAUUCUGUAGUCGCAACAUGUGUUUAAAUCUUAUGUACAGUGUUUAGUGCAAAGUCUGCUAAUUGCUUGAGUCAAGUGUCCCACUUUGUGUCUCAACUCAGGGAUCUCAAGCGGUGCAUUUUUGCAGAAACAAUUUCUCACAGAGCUAAAUUAUAGAUUUAUUUUUGAAUGCUGUUGUAUUUGUAUAUAUCAUUGAGAUUUGUAACCUUUCCUUUUUUUGUAAAAAAAAAAAAAAAAAGAAAAAAGAAAAAAAUGGUGUCCGAGCAGAUAUUUUCCCCAACGUUG